AGGAGCCACGAAGCACAGACACCCAACACCCAGCUCAGCCGCAGAAAAGCCAUCGCGCGCACGUGCCCCGCAGGUUGUGCAGAGUUUCGUGCAGGCUCUCGUAUGCGCUCUUUUGUGUACCCUUCGUGCUGCCUGUGCUGGAUGAGCUGCCUGUGCUGUAGACAAUGGACCGGAGCUACUACAGGUGGAACUACUCUAAGGACCUUCUUCUUUCCCGUUGCGUCUUGCAGAACAUGCCAGAGGUGCUUGACGACUCCAGGAGACAUGGCCAGCGCAACUGGCACUCGGUCUUGAAGGCCUUCAACAGCAAGCUCGACCAGCCUUACAAGCAGUACCGGAAGCUCAAAGAGCAUUUCAGCAAGCUUUUGGUGGACCACCAGCAGCAAAAGGCCCUGGGUGAGCUUGUCGAAAACGAACUCAUUGACACCUUAGACGCCAUCCUCCUUCAGCGCUGUGAGAACGAGAGCCGGAUCAAGAGAAGGAAGAAGGAGGAAAGAGACAAAAAAUUGCAGGAUCAAACCUUAAAGCUUAUGAAACUACACUCUAGUUCUGAAAACGAUCACUCGACUCCUGUCGCUGCUGCUGCUGCUAUUACUACUACUGUUUCUUCUUCUUCUUCUUCAUCUGUCAUUGGUGAUGGAGGCACAACCCCAGACCUUCCGCCAGUAGCAAAUACUAAUAGUGAUCUCUCGGCUUUAACCAUUUUUCAAAAGCUUUUAUCCAAGCCCAUUGAGGUUAGAAUUAGCAAUUCUCUGUCAAAUGCAGCUCCACAAAUUGAGAAUUACAAAGAUCUUGAGAAAAGAUUGGAUGCAAUUGAACAAAACUUAAAAUCUCUUAAUUCAAGUUUGAUUAUUCAAAUUGAUUCAAUUAAAAGUGAGAUCAAAAGUGAAAUUGAACACCAAUUUGAUAUCUUAAGAUCUCAAUUAAAGAAUGAAAAACAAUAAUGAAUUGAAGCCGUCAUUUUAUUGCCAAUUAAUUUGUAAUUUUGCCUUUUUUUUAUUAUAUUUUUGUAUAUCUGUAUAACUAUAAUGCUAUGUUUAUCUUAUCUUCUCGCACAAAAUAACUUGCACGAUUAUCUUGUACUGCAUCUUACAUUCGUAUCAUCUAUCGUAUUAUCGUAUUAUCGUAUUGAAC